AUGCCGACGAUAUUAUUGCCCGCCUCGGCUGCCGCCUUUGCGCCGCGAUCAACUUGCAACGUGGUCCUCAACACAAAAGUCGAGCCAUGGCUGACGGCCACCCUCAAGCGAAUCAACAAGAUCAAACGACCGCUCAACAGUGUGCCUCAACACACCCGAUGUCUGACCGAGACUCUGUCAUCGCCCAAUGCCAUCUGGUCACUGUGCUCAUUAAUGGUGCCCAAAGCGCCCGAGUCAGAGUUAAAGAAAGAUCCGAAUCCUCUGGUGGAAGCCUUGUUCAACUACCAACUCAUCCACAUCGAGGCCUAUGUCGUCCACGUCGACAUGGUUUCGCAGAACGAGGUUGCUUUCAAGCUGACGACAGACACCAUUGAUUCGCUGGUCGAGUAUCACAAGGAAAUCUUCUCGGUCGACACCAACGCCAACACCUGGGACUGGUCCGACAAGGAGCAACAGCUCAAGAAAUUGCAGGAAGAGUUUGUACAGGCCGCCAACAAGUUUGUCUACCGGACGAGUGCUCUUGCUCUGGAGGGCAUGGAGGAAGAUGGUGCAGGCGAGCUGCUCUGUGGCCGAAGCGACGAAGUGCGCACCGCCAUCAUGGGGCUUUUCGUGCCUCUUCUCCCUCCACCCCCGAGGAUUGUCGACGUCAUCCGCCCUACUCCUCUGCUCCCCAGCUCGACCGGCACCGAGCAAUGGUGGCCGUCACAACACCUGCAAGCCAUACAGCCUGCCCCGGUCGAGGCAUGGAAGAUCGUGCCUUCAAGCCCAAGCCCUGUCUCAUCUUGUGAUUCACACCACAAUAUUUGGUCGAGCGUGGGCGUGAACGAAAUCCAACUUCCGUCCCCAGCCCCCUCCUUCAGUCAACCUUACUCAACAGCGGCAUACAAUACGUCUCAAUACUACAGCGCCCCUGCCUACAGCUCUCCAACCACAACAUCGUCAUUCGCGCCACUUCCUCUGCCAAGCAUGCUCACUCCGCAGCCCUGCAGUACCUCGGCGGGCCUGAGCACCUUUGGGUGGGAUCGUUACCAAGAAUACACGAUGCCGUAUGCCACGGCCAUGUAA